AUUAGAAGUGCAUUCUAGGGGCCUCCCGGGUGGCGCAGUGGUCUAGAGCACUGCAUCGCAGUGCUAGCUGCGCCACCAGUCUCUGGGUUCGCGCCCAGGCUCUGUCGCAGCCGGCCGCGACCGGGAGGUCCGUGGGGCGACGCACAAUUGGGCUAGCGUCGUCCAGGUUAGGGAGGGUUUGGCCGGUAGGGAUAUCCUUGUCUCAUCGCGCUCCAGCGACUCCUGUGGCGGGCCGGGCGCAGUGCGCGCUAACCAAGGGGGCCAGGUGCACAGUGUUUCCUCCGACACAUUGGUGCGGCUGGCUUCCGGGUUGGAGGCGCCUGUGUUAAGAAGCAGUGCGGCUUGGUUGGGUUGUGCUUCGGAGGACGCGUGGCUUUCGACCUUCGUCUCUCCCGAGCCCGUACCGGAGUUGUAGCGAUGAGACAAGAUAGUAAUUACUAGCGAUUGGAUACGACGAAAAUUGGGGAGAAAAGGGGAUAAAAUGUAUUAAAAAUAUAUAUAUAUAAAAAAGUGCAUUCUAAGUUGUAUGCUAGUAGGUACAUUGAACACGUUUUCAAUUAACCGUUCAUCUUUGAAGUUACAACUUACUUACUUAAUUCUCUCGUUCUCUCUUUCUUUCUCUCUCUCUGAGAACCUGAGCCCUAGGACCAUACGUCAGGACUACCGGGCAUGAUGACUCCUUGCUGUCCCCAGUCCGCCUGGCCUUGCUGCUAUUCCAGUUUCAACUGUUCUGCCUGCGGUUACGGAACCCCUACCUGUCCCAGACCUGCUGUUUUCAACUCUUAAUGAUCGGCUAUGAAAAGCCAACUGAGAUUUAUUCCUGAUUAUUAUUUGACCAUGCUUGUCAUUUAUGAACAUUUUGAAAAUCUUGGCUCUCUCUAAUUUUCUCCUUCUCUCUUUCUUUCUCUCGGAGGACCUGAGCCCUAGGACCAUACGUCGGGACUACCGGCCGUGGUGACUCCUUGCUGUCCCCAGUCCGCCUGGCCUUGCUGCUAUUCCAGUUUCAACUAUUCUGCCUGCGGUUAUGGAACCGCCACCUGUCCCAGACCUGUUGUUUUUCAACUCUUAAUGAUCGGCUAUGAAAAGCCAACUGAAAAUUAUUCAUGAUUAUUAUUUGACCAUGCUUGUCACUUAUGAACAUUUUUGAACAUCUUGGCAUAGUUCUGUUAUAAUCUCCACCCGGCACAGCCAGAAGAGGACUGGCCACCCCUCAUAGCCUGGUUCCUCUCUAGGUUUCUUCCUAGGUUUUGGCCUUUCUAGGGAGUUUUUCCUAGCCACCGUGCUUCUACACCUGCAUUACUAGCUGUUUGGGGUUUUAGGCUGGGUUUCUGUACAGCACUUCGAGAUAUUAGCUGAUGUACGAAGGGCUAUAUAAAAUAAACUUGAUUGAUUGAUUGACUAUCACUGCUAGCUAGGUUCACAGGGGCAGUACUCAAGUCCGGAAGCACUGUGCUCGUGUCGUCGUGGCCACUAUUGGUUAAUUUAAAAGGCAAUCUCCCCAAACCGGUCUGAAAACGAACCAAGCCUAUUCAAAUGCCGAUCUUGAAAAUGACAGCAAAUAAGGCGGGAUUUCACCAGCUACCCUUAACUUAAUUGUGGGCAUCAUUUCUUGUUUGACAACACUGUUAUGAAAAAAGUACACCGAGAUAGCCUUAUUCAGCAAUAAUGUAAACAUUUCUGAUUGCUGUAAAUUAUAGCUACGUAUGACUAGGUUUCCUAACCCAGGAAUGAUUUCUGAAUUUAGAUUCGAAUCGAUUAGAUUAAUUUAUUAGUCACAUACAUAGGGUCGCAGAUGUAAUUGCAGGGUACAGUGAAAUUCUUAAGAUCUGAACUCCAACAGUGCAGGUCAAAAAGAUAAGUGAAUGAAACAAUAUUAAUAUUAAUAAUUAUAUACACCAUAUAUACAUAUUUAUUUACAACAUUUACAAACCAACAGCAUGCAUUCAUUCAGUUUGUAUAAAUUAUGAUAGAAGUGUGAAAUGACUGUAAUGAGUAUCUUGGACUAAUAGGCAGUUGGCUUAAACCAUUUAUUCAUAAUUGGCAAUAUGUGGGCCUGCCUUUAUCCAAUCAGCUUACCACAUCUGUCUUCCCUCGCCAAACCCAUCAAUGAUUUGAUUUAUUUGACCAUAAUUUGGUUGGUCCAUUUUAUUGACACUAAAUAGAUGUUAUUUUAACCGUAGCUGUUAAAAGUCCAACAGUGGGAGUGUGCAGACUGAUGAUGGCGCGACUUUAAUUCCUGACUAUUUCAGUUAUGGCCAACAGAGGGCAACAUUUAUCCAUAAAAUACGAUUAAACCUCACUGAACCAAAGUGAAUUAGGUUACAUUGUAAACUUUAUAGAGAUUUCGUAUGUGAUCAGAAACAAUGCCUUAAUUUCCCAGAGUGGUCGCUCUGUGCUAUUGUAGUUGACGUAAUCAUGUACAAUGGCAUGACGUAAUAUAUGAGCCUAUGACGUAAACGCACUCGAGGGAAGGUUCAGUGCCUACUGGCUCAGUUGAGUUGAUGAUUUGCAAAGGACAGUCAUCCUCAUGUUCAAAUAAAUCACUUUGAGUCGACAAAGACGACAUUCUGUGAGUACAGCAAAACGGGCAAAGAUUUUGUAAUAAAAAAAUAUAUAUAUAUUUUAAAAUGUAUUUGUUUAUAAAAAAAAAUGUCAGGUCCAAUCUGAAGGGUGCCUGAAAACACAAUGGAUAGAAAUCAUAAACGGUUGAGAAAAAUUCUUCAAAAGGUAAGUCUCAUAAGUGAUAAAAAAAUGUUUUUGUUAAUUCUGGGGCUUUCUCUCUUGAUAUGUAAUGAGGCUAUCUUAUUGGUAGUAUAGCGUAUAUGCUGUAAAAACAGAUUGAAAUGAUUUAUAGUUGGAAAAGUGGGCUUAAUAAUGGAGGGCUCAAGUUAAAUGUAUUUCCUUAUGUUCAUAAACCCCAGGCUGGGACCCUCCAAGCUAGUGCUGGAGAGCAGGUGCUCCAGACAGACGUCCAUUCCGCUGGCCAUGAUGGACUAAGGCUGCCAGCCCUGGGAGACUGCCCCAAGGACAGCCCCCUAAAGGCUGGGACCUUCCAAGCUAGUGCUGGAGAGCAGGUGCUCCAGACAGACGUCCAUUCCGCUGGCCAUGAUGGACUAAGGCUGCCAGGCCUGGGAGACUGCCCCAAGGACAGCCCCCUAAAGGCUGGGACCCUCCAAGCUAGUGCUGGAGAGCAGGUGCUCCAGACAGACGUCCAUUCCGCUGGCCAUGAUGGACUAAGGCUGCCAGCCCUGGGAGACUGCCCCAAGGACAGCCCCCUAAAGGCUGGGACCUUCCAAGCUAAUGCUGGAGAGCAGGUGCUCCAGACAGACGUCCAUUCCGCUGGCCAUGAUGGACUAAGGCUGCCAGCCCUGUUAGACUGCCCCAAGGACAGCCCCCUAAAGGCUGGGACCCUCCAAGCUAGUGCUGGAGAGCAGGUGCUCCAGACUGACGUCCAUUCCGCUGGCCAUGAUGGACUAAGGCUGCCAGCCCUGGGAGACUGCCCCAAGGACCGCCCCCUAAAGGCUGGGACCUUCCAAGCUAGUGCUGGAGAGCAGGUGCUCCAGACAGACGUCCAUUCCGCUGGCCAUGAUGGACUAAGGCUGCCAGGCCUGGGAGACUGCCCCAAGGACAGCCCCCUAAAGGCUGGGACCCUCCAAGCUAGUGCUGGAGAGCAGGUGCUCCAGACUGACGUCCAUUCCGCUGGCCAUGAUGGACUAAGGCUGCCAGCCCUGGGAGACUGCCCCAAGGACAGCCCUCUAAAGAACCUUGAGCCGAAGCCCCCACAAGGCCCCAGGCCCAGCCGAGAGGCUAUCAAGGCUAGAAGGGCUAGGGAGGCUAAGUCAGGGGUGGUAAACCUAAGCCGCCAAGUAGUUGGUGUGUUGGCACUGCCUCAAACGCUUCUAUCUCAAACAACCAGUAACAGUGUCCUGCCAGCUAUCAAGAAGGGCACUAAAGUUACUAAAAUGGAGACAACAGAAACCCCAGGUCCCCUGACACCUAAUGAUGGGGAGAUAAUGAUCUCCUUUCCAUCUGUUGAUGACCUCCUGACCCCAAAGAGUGAUGUCACGUCCGAGGCUAAGAGCGAUGAUGCCUCCUGUCCAAUUUCACCUGAGGCGUUCUCUCUAACAAACUUCCUGAAGUCUCACCCUCAGAGAAAGCUUAUCAGGAAGUUCCUCAAACAAAUGAACGUGACAAUAGGCGACCUGGACGAAGUCAUCGAGUGGGUGGUGUGUGUCUCCAGUGAGGUGUUCCUCCCAGUGAUGGCUCUGCACAGGACCUCCAGACCAGAGUCGUCAGACUCAUUCCGCUGGGGGUCAGGUGUGCUCCAGAUCAUCUCUGAAAAGUUCCACCAGCGGAGUUCUGAGCCGAAGGGAAGGCUCCUGGGCGGGCAGCCGCCCACUCCCCCUUCUGAGACCGACAAGGAGCUUCAGGGCAUAGCAGAUCUGUCUGUGAGUAACAUCCUGAAAAGGGCCCAGGAGGACCUCUUCUCUUCUGGUGAGGAUGACCUGGAGAUCACCCAUCCAGGCAUCACUCUGACCGAAGAGAAGCUCUCCAGCAUCUUCUCAGAGCUGUUCAGGGGCGCAUGUGAGAGUGCCCAGGAGGCCGCCGGACGCAUCCACCACAUGAGGUCUGGAAGAGGCAACAACAGCCGAAAUGGGAGACGCCCUGGGUCACCAACAGAGUUGGGAGAACUGGGGUCAGUGAGGAGUCCCAAGGGAAGUGACGUCCAUAAAGUCCUUAGCGAGGGGUCCCUCCCUGUCUUUGCCCUGUUUGGGGAGAGGCCAGGGGAAGUUGGGGAGACCAGCAGCCCUGCUGGGGAGAUGGACGAGACCCAGACUGCCAGCACUCCCAGCAUUCCCCGGUCUGGGCAUGGCGGCAGAAGUUGUAGCCAGACCACCAUUCCCACCACCGGCCACAGAGAGGCAGGAGUCACAGCCAGUAACAUCUUUGAUGUUAUUGUUCAUCUGGCGCACUCCGACACUGACCGGGAACUCCACCAGGAGUUCAGCAGUGAGGAUGAUGUUUCACUGAAUGACAUCAUGGACAUUAAGGCAGUGGAGCCCCUGGGGCAGAUCCUGUCCUCAUGGAGGCUGGUCAACAGGAUCUUCAGGGGGAAGGUCCACUACUUUGGGAAGGAGCUCAUCUGCAAGGUGUAUCAGAUGCUUCUAGACAGCGGUAUGGGCAGGAGGCCAAUGGCCCGCCAGAGCAGGUCCGAGCCCAUCCUGAAAGACCUGGCUGCCAACCGUAGGCUCUCCAAUGAAUUCUUCACAGACGUGCUGUACAUGUUCAUCCAACGUGCCAUUAAGAAUCUGCUGGAGAACUUCUUGGGUCUGCCGACCACCCCACCAGGUAGAGACAUUAUGUGGAAUGACAAUUUCAACUGGAUGUAUAGGGACGGCUGGGGGAACACCCCCACAUCCAGCGAGGAGGAGUUGUGGGACAGCGACUCCACCUGGUCAAGUGGGCUUGGGGAGGAGGAGUUGGCAGAGUCCCGUGGGAGGUGGGCCGCUCUGUUGGAGAAGGGCAGACUCCAGACCCUCCAGUCCUCCGGCUCCCUCUCCCUCUCCGAUGACAACAAGGAGGCACUAGGGGCCGUCUGCCAGGUCCUGACCUCCAGGGUGGGAGACAUCCUGAACAGUACCUGCAACAACGAUUACAAGGCCAGGCUCAUCAUCCAGAAAGGAUUGGAUUCCGGUGCCAGGGAAAGGUUCCCUGACUCUCAAUGUCCCUCUUCACCCGAAGAGGAGGAGGUAGUAGUGAGUGCCAUGACUGUCUCAUACCCUAAACCCUCCACCUCAACCCAGGCAGCAUGGGCAGCUCCUGCCCAGACUCUGGAUGUUUUUCUGCCCAGACCCUGCCUGGAUGAAGAAGAGGUAGUGCCCAGCACCUCCAUGAAGGACAACUCUGUGACGACCACCCAUGCAGCACGGGCAGCUCCUUCCCAGACCCUGGAAGAAGAGGUGGGAGAAGCUGAGGUGUCCGACGUGAGUGACAGCUCCCUGAUGCCCACCAAGGCCCUUGAGAAGAUUCCCUCCCUCCUACCAGGCAAGAAUCUUAUUGAAGAGGACAUCCUCAUUUGCAGCACUCCCUGGGCCACCGUCAUAAGCCCCCAGACCCUGAAGUUUAUCCUCCACGGCAUCAUGUGCCGACUGGAGGCCUCAGAGUCCCCCCAGACAAGGAGGGCCAAUGACCCCUUCAGGCUGAUGAAGGAUCUCUUUCUGGAGGUCCGGCAUGCCCUUAAGUAUGCUGACAUCUCUGUCGUCUUUGGCCUGGAGGAGAGCAUCCAAUUCAUUGGGGAGGAUGCGGUGAAGGCCAUCGUGAAGACUGCAGCUCAAAGAUUGUCCCUGCGUUCGGACUCCAACCGGGCUCAACUGCGUGCCGCACGCUCUGGUGGCGAGGGAGCCAUCAGGUGCAUGGCGGACACCAUCACACAAGUCAUAGAUGACUAUUCCGAGGACUGGAGUUCCGACUGCCAUUUUGGAGCCAGGAGGAGCCGUGCUAGUGGGAGGUCACACUCCUCAACGUCCUCAAGGAGUGAUAUCACACUCACCGAGGAGCUCCUGGCCCGGAGGGAAACCCUUGAAGAGGACCUAGAGGAGAUGGCUGAUGACAGCACUGGUUUGGAGAAGACCAUUGUAAGCUCAGCCAUCUCUGAGAAGUCCCAGGAGAAGGAGAAGCAGAAGGAGAAGGAAGAGGCUAUUAAGGAAGAAGUGAGGAAGUCAGGAAAGAAGAAGCGAGGUAAUAACAAGGACCAGAAGAAGAACAAGGUGUCUCCUCUUGGCAAUGAUAGUACUAUGGCUGCAGAUGAGCCGAAGAAAAAACAGGCUCUCUUCCCGCGGAUCACAGCUGCCCUGGCAAAACUAUUUUGCUUCCCCUGCAAAAAAAAGAUGCAAAAAGUAACUAUGCAGAGACGAGUUUUGGAAACCCUGAUGCCACCUCCCCCAACCCACUUUCUAAAAAAACAUCAGAGCCAUCAGAAGAGGGAGACAACCCCCGCUACUCACAACCCAUUUUAUUACCACCCCCCCAUUUUAACUUAAUAAACACAACUUGCAGCUAUUUUGAUCUUCUUUUUUACUUUUUUUUACAGACCCACCUGCAUGCUAUAGAUUCUUAAGGUCAAUUUGCUGUGUACUGUCUACAGUAUCAUUGUAAUGAGUAUGUUCACUGUGCCAGUCAUUAUUUUUAUUUGUACCUUUAUUUAACUAGGCAAGUCAGUUUAGAACAAAUUCUUAUUUUCAAUGAUGACCUAGGAACAUUGGGUUAACUGCCUUGUUCAGGGGCAGAACGACAGAUUUUUUAGGCUACCUGUCGCUAUAUAGGUAUAGGCUAAAUGCCCUAACCUAAUUGCAAUUUACAUAAUAAGAGUCACAUUUGAAUAAUUCCCGCAUUUUAACUUUCUUGAGAGGGAAUACAUCUCUAAUACACUAUGCUCAAUACCAUACAGUAAGCACACCACUGUAUGCCGAUGACACCUGCAAGCCCCGCCUCCCCGCAGAAUAAAGAAUAGACAUGAGUGGAUAAUUGCGGUGUCACUACAAAGGAUACCUUAAUUAAGCCAAUUCAUUGGCUUUAGACAUGUCAAUCAGGUCUGUGUUGUAAUCUGAUUGGUGUGUGUGUACCACCUCAAGGCAAAAGGUGUAGAAACUCUGAAGCACUCCAUUCUGUUUAUGAUUUCUAUUUAUGAUUGACGCUGCUGUUUAAAGCAAUUUUUAUGUCUGCCUUAUUUGUAUUAUUACAUAGUUGGGGAGGACAGGGGAGAAAGGGUGGACAGCUCCCUGUCUAGUAGUUGUAGCUGGUUAUAGGUCUUCAUGAGGAAGCGCCGACAGACGGACAGCUGUGCGAGUUCGCAUUUUCUAAUAAAACAGCAGCACGAGCGAUGGCUUCGGCGUAGCAUUUCGUACUGUAUUUUUCAUAAAGCGGUGAAGUCGACAUUGUGAAUGUUUUAUUCUGUGCUAGUUUCGUGGUGUCCGUGUGUUGGCAUGACAUAGCAGCUACGAGCAAGAGCCGAUUCGAUUAUGGGAACAUUCAGGUUUGAGGAACCCUGAUCCGAUUGGCUCCGGCACCGCCCUACCAGGUGACCCUACAGCGGGGGAGACGGGUAAGGAGACCCAGCCACAGCCUCCCCUGUCCAACAGUGCGUUGCACUGUGCCCACCACUACAACCAUGUCCACCCCCAGCGGCAGCCCUGAGAGAGAGGGCUCCACAGGGGGACCCAACCAGCUGGAGUGUCCCCUCUCCUCUCCCCCUGGCAUGGACCAUUCCAUGGGCAGCCCCCUGCUCAGCCCGGACUCAUCUUGCCAAGAUGCCAUGCUCUCAGGGCAUCGUGAGGCUGCAGUCUUGGUUCAGCUGGGAGGCACACACCUUGCAGCACCCGCAGCCGUCAGCCACCGCACUCGCCCCGGGGGGGCACAGCUGGACACUCACAUACCGCCGGGCAGCUGGCACCCACCUGGAGGUGUGAGGAGGAGAGAGGAGAGGUUUAGGUUCCUAGGCAUAAACUGAAAGAAGCAUAGGAAAGUAAAAAGUCAUUUUUGUCAUGUAAUUUCUUGUUGUGGUCUGCCUUCAUGGGUAAAACACUACUAGUGAUAAA